AUGAAUCCUCACCAGCAGAACAAAGUGGACAUUAAUGUCAUCGCUGAGCCCAGAGGAGCAGCGCCUGCUGCGCCUCUAUGGCAAGAUGCCCACCAAGAAAGACGUCCUCCAAAACAAGCUCAAGGCAAGCCCAACAUCAACCCAAUCCACAAUAUCAUUCUAACAUUGAACUUCUUCCAGGAACGCAAAUACUUUGAUUCGGGGGAUUACGCCCUCAGCAAAGCCGGCAAAGCCUCCGACGUAGGCGUCACCAACAUCGGCUCCCGCCACCCAGUGCCGGAGAACAUCCCGCACCUAACCUCAACCUCACCGGGUGCCAACAAUUCUGCCAACAACGGUAGUGUCAGCUCUCAAGGUGGACAGCAAAUUCCAGGCAGUAUCAGCGGACACCCUGGCUCGGUCGGAUUCCAAAGCCGUAGCCCAAUCAAGGAUGGAGGUAGCUUCCUACACCAUGGUACCAGUGUCAGCGAGGGUGAGGCAGGCUCUCGUCUGGCCUCUGAAUCAGUGCAGGGUGAACAGGAGCUGAGUGUCAGUCCCCCUGCUGCAAGAGAAGGUGUUCCUAUCCGUCGGUAG